AUGGAGAAGGAGGCAAGCCAACUUGAGAGGGACCACGUUCAUAGUGUAUAUGAGAAAAUUGCUCCUUACUUCAACGACACACGCUACAAGGCAUGGCCAAAGGUGCAGCAGUUUAUUUCACAGCAGGAACCAGGCAGCCUGAUUGCUGAUAUUGGCUGUGGAAAUGGCAAAUACCUUCACAUCAAUUCUCAAGUCUAUAAACUGGGUUGCGACUACUGUUUCCCGUUGGUGGAAUCAGCACGAAAUGAAGGCCAUGAAGUAAUGGUAUGCCAUAGCUUGUGUCUGCCUUAUCGAAGUGAGUGCUUCGACGCUGUCCUGUCCAUCGCUGUGAUUCACCAUUUUUCAACGGAAGAGAGGCGCAUGCGAGCAAUAAAAGAGAUGGCUCGCAUCUUGAGAGUAGGAGGCCAGAUAAUGAUAUAUGUGUGGGCAAUGGAGCAAAAACGCAGAAGAUUUGAAAAGCAAGACGUCUUUGUUCCCUGGGAUCCUUCACCUCCUUCCUGCUCCUUGGGUGAGCCUUGCUCAUGUGGAGUACAAAAAUCAAUUCUUCACAAGGACAAAGAACUGGCUUUGAACCAGCCCUGUCAUAAGCUGGAUGGGACUUCAGAGGUACACGGGACAGCAAGGAGCUCAUCCUGUGGAGGGGAGAAGAAAGCGCUGUGCACGAUGUUAGAGAAAUCUCCGAGAUGGUCUCUGUUCUCAAGAUCACUUGACUCGGUAUUAGGUGAUCAGUGGCACCAAGAAGAGCUCAUUAGAUACUGCAAUUAUGGUAUUCAGCUGAAUGAAUUAAACAGAGGAGAAAAAGUUGAACAAAACAGAGAGCGUGGCUUUCUGAAACGCGCUUCUGACUUUUUUCUGCAUUGCAAACCGAGUUUUGAAAAUACAGCAGCUUUUGAAGUGGCUGUUAAACCUGUGCUGCCCAUGCCACGCUGCUCGAAGGCUUUUAGAAGUUGCUAUUCAGAAUUAGGGCAAGCAACUAUACAGCUCCCUAUGGCUGCAGAUACUCUUCACGAUUGCAGCGGAGUGUGUUUACCUGACCUGAUUUCACAUCAGAAAGAAUUAGCUGUCAGACAACAACUUAAAAUAGACCAUCACCUGAAACGAGGAGCUUGCUGCCAACCUCAGAACAAACAGCGAACAGGCUCUUCUCUGCAGAAAGCAGUCAAUGAGCACACCUGCACCACGCAGAGCCAGCAGCAGAGGGGUCCUGGUGGGGCCUGGCUGAGGUACUACCACGUUUUUAAAGAAGGGGAGUUGGCUGAGCUGAUAGAGCGUCAUAUUCCUGAGCUACAUAUUACUCUUUCAUACUUUGACCAUGCCAAUUGGUGCGUGAUCGCAGAAAAGACUGAAGUGUGGAAGAUCUAG